UGACUCCUAUUACAUUUCCUGGUUCAGUCAACAGCGGCAGCGGCUCAGCUGCAGCGCUAACACCGUUCACAGAGCGUCACUGCCGGGUACUGGUCUCAACUUCUCUGCGCUGACUUAACACUCCAAACUACUAGGCAACCAUGACCCGAUGUGCUGCAUCUGUGUUGCUUCUCGCCUUUGGCGUCGUCUUCCAGCUGUCACACGGCCUUCAAGUCAAUGUCACAAACAGUGAGGGCAAGUUGUGUCUCUAUGCCAAUCUGAUGGUCAACUUCUCAGUCUCAUAUGAAGUAGCUGCUGAUAAGAAUGAAACAGCAGUGUUUCAACUUCCCGAUGAAGUAACAACAGUUGGAAGUCUAUGUGACAACAAUAGCUCAACACUGCAGCUCAACUUUGGAGACGGGCAUUUCUUGAGUGUGGAAUUCACCCUGAGUGGACUAAUGUACCAGGCAGACUCCAUCAUCUUUUCCUACAACCUCAAAGAUUCAUCCCUCUUUCCGAAAUCUAUUUCAAAUGAAACUGCAUCUGUGACCGUGAAGCCUCAGAUUACAGACAUAGGCCUGGAUACCUGCUACUCGUGCAAGAGUAAAGACACCAUCCUGUCUAGUUUGGUCAAUAUGACACUGUCUGAUGUACUCAUGCAGGCUUUUGUCAUUAAUGGCAGCAAGAGUGAUAAGAUAACGUCUUGCUCCGCUGAUGUACCCACAACCUCUGCUCCCCCAACCACUCACUCCACCAAUGUGACCACUGAAGCUCCUGUGACUAACACCACAACCACUGCCCCUCCUCCUACUACCACCCCAACCCCCACCCUCCCUACACCCUCCACUUGGACAUACAGCAUCGAUGCUGAAAACAGCACAGCUUGUCUGUUGGUCAAAUUUGGCCUGCGUAUUGGUUUCAAACAGGGAGAGACCUAUAAGGAGUUAAACCUGGAGCACAACAAGACCAAAGUCUCUGGAUUAUGUGGAGUCAACAGUAGCCAUCUGCAGUUGGCAUCAGACACAAUGAACCUCUCUUUCACCUUCACUAAUGAUAGCUCAAAAUUCAGACUACAUUCUCUCAACGUCACUGUAAACCCAAGCUCUGGUGGGGAGUUUAUUCAGUCGAAUUCUAACCUGAGUCUAUGGGAGGCAGCGAUUGGCAGCUCCUACAUGUGCAACAAAGAGCAGAACUACACCAUCACCAACCAGCUCAGCCUCUACACGUUCAACCUCCAAGUGCAGCCGUUUGGAGUCGUGAAGGGGGAUUUCAGUACAGCUGAGGAGUGCGUGUCCGACGUGGAGAGCUUCCUUGUUCCCAUAGCUGUCGGAGUUGCCCUGCUUGUUCUCAUUCUUAUCGUUCUGCUGGCCUAUUUCAUCGGGAGAAAGAGAAACAUGGCCACUGGCUACCAGUCUUUCCAGUGAAAUUGACCUCGUUUGAAUCACUGCAAAAAUGUGUUCGGGAAUCGCUGCUUGUUUGCUUUGCUUGCCUUUUUAACUAAGGAAAAAAAAUGACCAUGUGUCACAUUCAUGUUUCCAUGUGGUGUUUGGCGCUUUCGACUGCCUAAAUGUCUCAAAAGAAUUUGGUUGACUUUUUGGGAAAUAUGCAGAUUUAUUUACUUUUCUUGCAAUGAGGAGACCCUGAAAGUCACUGAGUAACAUUUUAUCUGUGGACUCCCUACAAAAUAUGAUGUUGUCAAAACUGGAAACUCAAUCCUGGUCCUCAAGUUUUUGGAUGUUUUCGUGCUCCAACACACACCUGAUUUAUAUAAAUGCUUCGUUACUAGGCUCUUGGGGAGCUUCUUGAUGAGCUAACCAUUUGAAUCUGGUUUAUUGGAAAACAUGCAGGGUAGUGGGGUCCCUGAGGACCACGACUGAGAACAAGUCUCCAAUCCCUGUUAAACCACAACCUGUCUCUGUUCCACUUAAUUACAGGUGGAUUUAAAGAGUUUUAACAUGUAAGUGUAAGCACUGACAGACAUUAGUUUAAUUCCGCCCAGUCUUACUCUUGGUACAAAAAGGAUUUUGUGUGUUUCCCAAAGUUUCAGCCUGUUUCUUUCAUACUCUUAGAGAAUGUCAUAUCCACUUCAUUUUCCUUUAUGUGCUGUUGUUGACCUUAAUCUGCACGACAUUUACGCUGUUAAUUCCAUUUCUUUUUGUAGGUCCUUGCUUCCUCUCCUGCGUCUCUGACCCUCCGUGUCCUCCUCUUAAGUCGUGUUUUCUGCUGACUAAACCACUAACCCGCUGUCUCUGUCUUCUCCUCUUUUCCUGUCUGUCAGCUGAGGAGUGCUUCGUGGACACUGAUUUGAGCUUUUUGGUGCCCAUUGCGGUGGGUGUGGCUCUCAGCUUCCUAAUCAUCCUUGUGCUUAUCUCUUACCUGAUUGGCCGGAGGAAGAGUCGCACUGGCUACCAGUCUGUAUAAGCCCAGCUGCUUCUGCCUCUUUACACCUUUACAACCCUCACAGCUUCUGAAAAGCUCCCUCCCGACCUCCCCCCCUGUCCACCAGUGCAUCAAAAGCAUCCCAAAAAAUGUUUUUUCCUGUUUCCUGUGAGGCGGCUACGUCUUCCUGAAAAAUAGCUUAUCUCUCGCACUCAAUUUUAAAUUUGUCACAGCAGCCACUCCGGUGGUUUCCUUUUGUUUUUCUUUGAUGCCAAUGACUGAAUCAAGUACCAAGACAUUUAUGAUCAAUACUGCACCAUUUGAUUAUAGAUAGCAUGUUUUUAAAAAAGUUAAAAUUACUGGCUGUGAGUAGCCGUCCACCUCCUUCCGGAGAGAGAGAGAGGCCUUUUCCGCCUCUCAGUUUCUGUGGUGUAUAAUAGUAUAUGUGUAAAUUUCUCUAUUGUAUAAAAUAAAUGACACUAUGAUGAACGUGAAUGUACAAGCAAGCAAAAAUGACCCACUAUUGUUAUCCAUAUCCCAGACGCCGCUGUAAUUUAUGUCUUUAACCGUCGCCAUUAUGUGAAUUUACAGCUAAAUCAAAACACUUUCACAAACUGAUGUGGAGUCACUUAAUUGUAGCUUGAGGAAAGGCACAGUUUAAGACACUUUAAGACCCAUUUUUGUUUUGUUUUUGCAAAUGUUUGAUGAGCUCAUGCUUCGAUCACUCGUGCUAGUCUAACACAUUUCUCAAAAAGGAUUUUAAUGUCCAUCUUUAGACUGGACUUGCUUUAGUUAAGUUUAAGAUUCAAGAGGUGUCUACAGUCCUACAUGGAAACAACUGGUGGGGAAAUCCAGGUAUUGAGCUCCUGUAGGCUGGAUAACCGUCUAGAGAGUUGUCAUGUGAAACACUGCACGUCGUUCACCCCGUGACACAGUUUCAGGUUGUAAAUCUCACCUGAGUCGAGGCGUGUGAGAGUGUCACCUAAGUGUCACCUGAGUGUUGGAGGGAGUUUCCCCUGCACUGUUCUGUGUGUGUGUGACUGUCGAUCCUUUAAUAGGAAGAGAUUCUGCAUUGUAGGCGGCCGAUAGUUGGCGUCUCUGUCGAGUGAUGGUUUCUUCAGGUUAAUGUCUUCUUUCUCUCCUCUGUACGGGAAUGUACACAUUCUGGCCAGGGAAGACAAAUGAUUAUUAGGAGAAGUGAAAAGAAGCCUGAGACAGUACAAUGCUGUCUUGAGCUCUCUUCCAAAAAAACACACACAGAGGACAACAGGGAUGGACCCCCCCACAGUAGCAGACGGUGUCCUCCAGGUGACCCUCUUUCACACCUGACAAACCUGAAUCUGGGUUAUAGUGGCCUGUAUUGUUUCUAGUCUAGACGGGUAUCUAGACCAGUGUUUCCCAACCCUGGUGUUUUAGACGUUGCCCUGCUACGACACACCUGAUUCAGAUGAACAGCUCGUUAUCAGGCAGAGCUUGAUGACGAGCGGACCAUUUGAAUCAGGUGUGUUGGAUCAGCAGGGAAGUGGGUCAGCGGUAGUGGGUCCCCGACGACCAGGAUUGCGAAACACUGACCUCUUAAAUUUGUUUUCAAAAUCCUGUGUCAUUUCAAAAUUGCUAAUAUAUUUCAUUGUGUUUGGGGUCGUGACUUUCACACCCAACAUUGCAUCACACGACGCUCCGUGUGUAAACGACACGAGGGAUAUUUACAGCGUGUGCAGGCCGCGUACGAAGAACGAGGAGUCCCACGUUUUCAACACUAAUGUCACUCAGCACUCGACAACGUUCACUUAACUACAUCUCCCUCCCCCUACAGUUCUGUGCCUUUCUGUUGUCUGCUGCUUGCUUGUGUCUUGUCUCCGUCUGAUCGAGAAUGUGAUAUGAUGAGCCUGUUUGACACGAGCAGGGGACAAAUUCAAUAAAGUUUUGUUCUUGUUUUA